AAAGAUGGCGAGCGUUGAGGCCGAGAAACGACUCCGAAGGUUCUCCUUUCGCGAUGAUGAAAUCAAACUGCAAGUAUUGAAUAGUCCUUUUGUUGCGAAAUCAGAAAUCGAUGUUAUCAACAUACUGGGUCAAGCAAUGAAUAUGCCACUCCAAGAGUUCAAAGAUGAGCAGGAGGAAAAGCUCCUUGAUGGAAAAAUUUGUAUGUUUUCAAGUAAGAAUCAAAACGCCUUGCGGAAGAUAACAAAACAGAUGAGAAAUUAUCGCUUCCAGUUGAUUCCCCUGGUACUGGUGGUAAAAAAAGAUGGCUCGGAAGUUUUUUUCGAAACGUUACUUAUAAAAGUCCACUGUUCUCCCAAUGAAUAUUCGUAUGUCGAUGUCGCUGGAAGAAUUUACGAUAGCUUCAACAAAUUUCUGGACGAAAACAAGUUCCCGCGUGGGACUCUGUUCUACCCGGAGCGUGGAAAUUUGAGCCUCAAUAUACAUAACAAACUACGAAUCGAGCGCUAUGCAGUGGGAGCAUCAAACGCUGAUAAACAGGAUAUGGAUGCAUUUGUUGGACUGCUCGGUAUCACGGGAUCAAUUGGGUGUAUAUUCGCGACCGGCGGAAUGGCCAUACCUUUCGCGUUGGUGACCGGCAUAUCCGCCCUGUACGCAACGAAACGAGGAAUCGAAAAUUUGGUGGAUGCCGAUCAGCACGGCAUAUCGGUGAAUCCGUUUGAGGUUUGUAAAUUGCGUUCAUGUUGAUGCCGAAAAAGCUCAACUGGCAUGUGAUUACUCUUGUGUUGAACUUUGAUAUUUUCAUAGAACCUGGGACCAGAGAACGGUUCUUUAACAUUCCCCAGAAAACCAC